UAUCUAUUGGAGGGAAAUUUGCAUUUCAAAAUUGAUUGGGCUACCCUUAUAGUUGGAAGGAAAUUUGCCAUUUUUGCUUUGUUUUACUUUGUAUUUGAGGGCAAUUUUCCAAGUACAAUCCCCUGGGGGGCUUAUAGUUGGAGGGGCAAUUUAACGGAGGGUUUUUUGCGUUACUGGUUUGGGGGCUUGUUACGCUGCAAAAUGUAAUAACAUUGACGCAAAAUGUAAUAAAAUUUUCAACGCAAAAUGUAAUAAAAUUUUCAACGCAAAAUGUAAUAAUCUUUCAACGCAAAUUGUAAUAACUUUUCUAACGCAUAAUGUAAUAACUCAAAAUGUAAUAAUUUCCGAAUAACGACAUGCAUGCUAUUUCAAAAUCGGUAUUGUGGCUCAGUAAUCAGUAGCUGAUCCAGAUCUUCAUUUGAAUUAUUAUUAUCAAUAUUGAUGUUAAUAAUAGUAAUAAUAUUUAUUUUCUUCUUCUUCUUCUUCUUCUUCUUCUUAUUAUUAUUAUUAUUAAUGAAAUAACGGCUUCCGUGCUGAGCUAGUCUCCCUCGCAGCCGUGUUUUGUCUCGUCACGCAACACUCUUCCCCAACAAAGGAGGAGGAGCGUUGUGUGACGAGACAAAAAUAGCUGCAAGAGCUUGCUGUACUGUACCACCACUGUAGCAACUGAGAGACUUGGUUUAAUUUCAGAUGUUGAAUUUAAUUCAGUCAAAUAAAAUAGCUGUUGUCGAAAACAAGUAAUAGAAUCAACUUUCAAAGCAUAAUUGAAAUGCAUUUAAAAUAUAAGAUAUCUGUCAAACUUUUUUUCAUGAGAACCAGACAACUUUGGCUGUAGCUUACUUUUCCUAAGUUCUCACUUAAUAGAGGCUGAAUUGUUCUUAAUGCUGUUUUUUAGGUCGAAGUUUCUUUUAUGUUGAAGUUUCCAAGCUUUGCAAAGUCAAAUCAGUUUGCCUUGUAAGGCAGUUGUCGUUUGCCUAGAACAGAUAGCGCAAAAAUUUUUUAAUUAGCCCAGUAACGCAUUUUUGAUUGGAGUAGAGCUAAGCUGAUGCACAAAAAUAUUGAAUUUGCCUGGCAAGGCAGUUGUGGUUAGAAGACAGGCCAUCCUCUUUUUCUUUCUCCGUUUAGCGUCGUCCGACUGACCCAAAUUUUUGGCAUUUUCAAAAAAAAAGUAAUGACGUAGUUAAAUCAUUUUUCACUUGAAAUAAUUCUUUUAAUCUGAAAAAUGAGCAUAGUAACAGCAUAGAGAAAAACAGGAAUAAAGACAUGAACAUUUUUUACAGUAUAUUGUGCAUUUUGUUAAUCCAAAUAUGUGAAUGUUAACUUUUAACGUCGUCCUGGGGUACCAGGGCCUCCUGUUCCGAGACUUCUUGUGAGUUUUUUUUUAGUUUUUUUUUUUUCAAUCCGACCGACCGACUCAAUAUCAGGAAACGCAUUCGACGCUAAACGAAACCUUGAAUUUGCUCAGUAACGCAAUCGCCAUUGGCUUAGAGUUGACGGCACCAAAUCUUGAACUGGGAAAUCCAUAAAAAGUGCGCAAUUUCGUCUUUUUAGGGCCGACCGUUUUUGACCACUUGAGGGGGAGGGUGUAUGGGUAAUUUGGUUUGGGUUAUAAUUUUUGGAUAAUUAUGGGAAACUGUCAACGGAUUUUGAAAUAGCAUGCACGUCGUUAUUCGGAAAUUAUUACAUUUUGCGUUAUUACAUUAUGCGUUAGAAAAGUUAUUACAAUUUGCGUUGAAAGAUUAUUACAUUCUGCGUUGAAAAUUUUAUUACAUUUUGCGUCAAUGUUAUUACAUUUUGCGGCGAUUCUUAUUACAUUUUGCGUUAAUAUUACAUUUUGCGGCGUAACACUUUUGGAGGGGCUUAUACAUGGAGGGGCUUAUUUUCGGAAUUUUACGGUAUACUAGUUGUUGGGAAGUACAGGUUACGGGGAUGUAAUGACUGGGGGACUUUUUUGCGGGUAUUUACAGUCGUCUCAAGA